GGAGCUACCUUUUACUGCCCCAAAAAAUGGCGGAGCAAGCUUGUUGCAAAUCAAGAGAAGAAGAGGGGAAUGGAGAAUCGAAAAGCAUCAGAGUGUGUGGCAUGCAAUUCGCAUACGAAUCACAGCCUCCGCUGUUCGUCGAUUUCGAUCUCGACAUCGCUCCUGGAUCGCGUUGCCUUCUCGUGGGCGCCAACGGUUCUGGGAAGACGACAUUGUUGAAAAUUUUAGCUGGAAAGCAUAUGGUUGGUGGAAGAGAUGUUGUGAGAGUGCUAAACCGUUCGGCUUUCCAUGACACUCAACUUGUUUGUAGUGGCGAUUUAGCUUAUUUGGGUGGAUCUUGGAGUAAAACUAUUGGCUCUGCUGGGGAGGUUCCAUUGCAGGGGGACUUCUCUGCAGAACACAUGAUAUUUGGAGUUGACGGGAUUGAUCCUGUGAGGAGAGAGAAAUUGAUUGAGCUGCUUGAUAUUGAUUUGCAAUGGCGGAUGCAUAAGGUAUCUGAUGGGCAACGGCGACGAGUCCAAAUUUGUAUGGGUCUUCUUCAUCCUUUCCAGGUUCUUUUGCUAGAUGAGGUUACGGUGGACCUUGAUGUUGUUGCGAGGAUGGAUCUGCUUGAUUUCUUUAAGGAGGAAUGUGAGCAGAGAGGAGCCACAAUUGUAUAUGCAACCCAUAUCUUUGAUGGGUUGGAGACAUGGGCAACACAUCUGGCUUACAUCCAAGAUGGUGAAUUGAAGAGAUCUGAGAAGUUGACAGACGUUAAUGAGUUGAAAUGUUCGGAAAAUUUGCUUUCUGUUGUUGAGACCUGGCUUCGCUCUGAAACCAAGUGUGAGAAAAAGAAACCCAUCAAAACCCCUGCCCAAGUCCAGAAGGCCUCGCCCUUUGGUACUUCUCCUUUCAUGUCAUCCAGGCACAUGGCAUACUAUCGUUGAUCUCUCUCAAUCCAGCAAUUUUUCAAUAAUUUUUUGAAAAUCGAAGCCAGAAAUACAAGUGGGGAAAGUUUUCUGAGGUCAGAUACUACUGACUUUUGCUCUCCCCACUAUAGAAUAAUAUACUUGUGAGCUCCAUCUUGUCUAAUUAAUAGGGAAUAGCCUUUCUCUCUUUAUGGUAAUUCUGUUGAAAAAUGAUAAUGGUGAAACACAUGGUCUGUCAUUGCAAAAUAGUGUUGUAAUUUAUCAACCAUUUUGGUAAUGGUGUCAAUGCUGAACAGGUGCUAGCUGCUGGAUCUCGAUGGCUACACCAGUGAAGCCCUGACCCAACAAUCUGACUUGGGCAGAUUUUGUUUGAAUUGUCACCAUUUUAAUAAUGGAAAAAGCUUUGAGUACAUUGGACAUAUAUCUUUUGAGAUUUAUAAUUAGUUGAUACAAAUGUUUGGGAAAAAUUCUCUUUCCUGA